AUGGCUAGUGAGACUGCUGUGUCAGAUCAUUCUACAACCCUUGAGACAGUAGAGAAGGAAGUGCAUGAAGAGGUAAAAACCAUUGAAAAAGAGAGUGUUUCUCCUCCUAAACAAAGUGGGGAGGAAGAAAAACCGAAAGCAGAGGAAAGUCCGAGUCCAGCAGUGCCUUUGGUGGCUGAAUCAGAAAAAAAGAUUGAGAAUAAGCCAGCCGAGCUUCUGGUAACUGAAGAUGGAAAGAAGAUUGAUGUGGCAGAAAAUCCAAAAGCUGGGGACUCACCAAGUCCAGCAGUCAGUUUGGAACCAGAAGAAAAGAUCGAGGAUAAACAAGUUGAACCUUCUGUAAUGGAUGAUGUAAGAAAGAUUGAUGAGGAAGGAAAUCCCAAAGCUGAGGACUCUCCAAGUCCACCAGUCACUUGGGUUGCAUCAGAAGAAAAGAAUAAGGAUAAGGGAAUUGAGCCUUCUGUUAUUGAUGAGUUAAAGAAGAUUGAUGAGACCCCUGACGUGGAGUUUCUUGUUGAACCUUCUGCAAUGGAUGAUGUAAGAAAGACUGAUGAGGAAGGAAAGCCCAAAGCUGAGGACUCUCCAAAUCCACCAGUCACCUUGGUUGCAUCAGAAGAAAAGAUCGAGGAUAAGGGAAUUGAGCCUUCUGUUAUUGAUGAGUUAAAGAAGAUUGAUGAGACCACUGAUGUGGAGUUUCCUGUUGAACUUUCUGUAAUGGAUGAUGAAAGAAAGACUGAUGAGGAAGGAAAGCCCAAAGCUGAGGAUUCUCCAAGUCCACCAGUCACCUUGGUUGCAUCAGAAGAAAAGAUCGAGGAUAAGGGAAUUGAGCCUUCUGUUAUUGAUGAGUUAAAGAAGAUUGAUGAGACCACUGAUGUGGAGUUUCCUGUUGAACCUUCUGUAAUAGAUGAUGAAAGAAAGACUGAUGAGGAAGAAAAGCCCAAAGCUGGGGAUUCUCCAAGUCCACCAGUUACUUUGGUUGCAUCAGAAGAAAAGAUCGAGGACAAGGGAAUUGAGCCUUUUGUUAUUGAUGACUUAAAGAUGAUUGAUGAGACCCCUGAUGUGGAGUUUCCUGUUGAACCUUCUGUAAUGGAUGAUGUAAGAAAGACUGAUGAGGAAGGAAAGCCCAAAGCUGAGGACUCUCCAAGUCCACCAGUCACUUUGGUUGCAUCAGAAGAAAAGAUCGAGGACAAGGGAAUUGAGCCUGCUGUUAUUGAUGAGUUAAAGAAGAUUGAUGAGACCCCUGAUGUGGAGUUUCCUGUUGAACCUUCUGUAAUGGAUGAUGUAAGAAAGACUGAUGCGGAAGGCAAGCCCAAAGCUGAGGACUCUCCAAGUCCACCAGUCACUUUGGUUGCAUCAGAAGAAAAGAUCGAGGAUGAGGGAAUUGACCCUUCUGUUAUUGAUGAGUUAAAGAAGAUAGAUGAGACCCCUGAUGUGGAGUGUCCUGUUGAAGAGAUGUCAAAAUUGGCCAAAGACUGUAUUCCUGAACCAAGCAUCCUUGAUGUUUCAGAACCAGUUGCUGACAACAUUACGUGCAAGCCAGAGAAGAAACCAGUGAUUGAUACUGUUGAGAAACAAGAAGUGGAAUCCAUCAUAAAGUCUGCUGAGGAAAAGCCAGAGGAGAUGCCAAAUAUAGUUGAUGUUCCUGAAUCAUCAGUUGAGGCUGUCAGGAAAAAAGGGGAGCAAGUAGAAGUUUUAACUGUCGAAGAAUCAGAAGCUGUUGCAGUAGAAGACGUAGAAAAUUCAGAAGCAGAGUCUAAACAAGAACGUCCCGAACCAAUUCCUAAAAUAGAAGAGGAAUCAAAACAACCAUCUGAAGUUGCUGAAAAACUUGAGGAAGAAUCUGUAGUAAUUAAGGCAAAGGAAAGUGUGGAGGUUCAGAUAGCGAAAGAUGAAGUUGACGAUACAAAGUUGAAGGAGGAACAGAUUACUAAAGAACAAACUCUUGUGACCGAAACUUUAACUCCAGUUCCUUUGGUCAUUCAGGAAGCUCAAGUUAAUGUAAAAGGAGGACCCACUCAUGUUCCCGAGAAGGGCAGUUUGAAGGACAAAGAGAAGGAAUUGGGUGGAGAAGCUGCUGUGGUUGAAGAACAGGCAGAAGAGGAAGUUGUGGAGGGAAAGUUUGAAACAGAUAAUGAAGCUAAGAAUGUAAUAACUGAAGAGAAUGGAGAGAAAAAUGUUCCAACUGGGGAAUUGACUCAACCUGAAGCAAAAGAAGUGGAGGAUGUGACCAGCUCCAUUCCUGUCACUGAAGCUACGGAGAACUCAUUGGAGGGAGAAAAUUCUCGCAGAGAUAUUGAACUUGUUGCUGAAAAUGGGAAAGAAAACAUAAAUAAUGAGAAUGUUCCCUCAGUCAAAACCAAGAAAGAUCAAGAUCAGCUUGAAGAAAAGGCAGAUGAAGUCGCAAAAAUUCCCACCAAAGAACAAGUAGAGGAGCCCCAGAAGCCGGAGGUGGAAGUGAAAGGAGAGGAUUCUGUACAAAGUGGUGAAACAAAGCUAGAGAAGGAAAAAGAAGCCGAUGAGACAACGCGAGAAGUGUCAAUUCCUGAACGCACCAGGGAUGGACAUGACAUGAAAAUAUCCCAGGACCCUCCCACAGAAGUGGCUUCAACGAAGGCCACUCAAAAGCAAUCAAACAACAUCAUGGCAAAGGUGAAGCAAUCACUCGUGAAGGCAAAGAAAGCUAUCAUCGGAAAAUCCCCAAACUCGAAAAUGUCUUCUUCUGAAACCAAGGGUGAUGUUAAAGCUAAAUGA